AUGCCAGCUGCAGUGCCAUCAGGUGUUCGUCCCACAGUCGAGCGCGACGAUCUGGAUGACAUUUUCAACUAUGAUGCCGGCAUCAACGCGACUUUCGAUCAACUGCGAGAUGACGCCAACAACAACAAUACCACUCAAGAUCAACAUGAUGUGCCAGUGAACAUCGACGAGGAGGUCAAGGUCACCAAGAAGCGCAAGCCAGUCGCCAAACUCGACGAAGAACGGUACGGCAUCCCAAAACUUCGAAAGAUCGCCAAAGACCGCAUCCAGAUCAAGGGCAAAGGUCACGAAUUCUCAGACAUGGCACGUCUCCUCAAUACAUAUCAACUAUGGCUGGACGACCUCUUUCCCAAAGCAAAGUUCAUGGAUGGUGUAUCUAUGAUUGAGAAGCUCGGCCACAAGAAGCGCAUGCAGAUGAUGCGAAGAGAAUGGAUACAAGAGGGCAAGCCCAAACCACCACGUGAUGAUGACGAGGAGGACUUUGUCAUUCCAGAUGAAAAUGCAGUACCGGAGACCAACAAUGCUCAGAACAGCGAGGAGCAGCCCAACCACGUUGAAUCGAUACCGGAAGCACAGUCAAAUGGAGGAGCACAGGGAAGGGACAAUCGCAAUCCAUUCUAUGAGGAAGAGCCUGACGAGGACGAAUUGGACGCGCUGUUAGCUGAGAGCGAGGUUGUACCAUUACCGACCACGAAACAGAACAACACACAACCUGCAGAGGAUCAAGAGCCAGACGAAGACGAGUUGGACGCUCUCAUGGCCGAGGACGCAAUGAAUGACGGUGUGCCCAAGAGUCUCUUUGGUGGACCGGUUUCCUCUACCACUGCCACUGAUGCUGCUUCCCGACCACGGGACGAGUUUGAUGAUGACGAAGAGGCCAUGGCUGGUAUGGACUGGUAG